AUGAAAGUAAAACAAAGUAAUAGUAAUGGUGCAUGGUCGUGUCUCGUCAGGCAAAAGCUCGGCCCUGAAUUUUGUAUUUUUGUUUCUGCCUCAAAAAAAUUUCUCCUUUUUAACUUCUUAUAUUUUGUUGAGAUGGCAUAGCCUCUAAAUUAAAAAGACUCUUGUGGCGGAUUCCCCUACCACUCUUAUUUUGGCUUCUUCUCCAACUGUUGCCUAUUUUUACCCCCUUUACUUUAUUCUGGAAAUUUUUCUUCUUCAUAGGCUAAGCUGGAUGACAGUGGAAAAAUAUUCAAUUAUUUUGGGUUAAAGUUUGGUUUUUUUUAAGGAAAAACUUGGGUGUUGAAAGCUGGAGUUCUGGUGAUUGAAGGCGAUUGGGCCGCUAUCAAAUCGGCAAUAUGUUUUGCAGCUGUCAUCUGAGUUCACCUGCUCCAUUCUUUUACAAGGGUUACUUGUGUUAUGAUUUAGGCGAGUUACCCUCUGGUGUCAUCUCUCAGUAUGAACAACCAAUACGGUGAAGAUAAAGAUGAAGCAACUGUCAUGGGGUUUGAAGUGCCAAGAUCACCAGAUUCAAGUUAUAAUAAUGUAUACCCUGGGAACGAAGAUGAAGCACGUGACCCACCAGUUGUCCCUCCUCACCUGCAUCGUACCUUGCUUAGGUACCCUGCUAGCGUGAACACAUCCGGGAAUCUUCCCUUGCCUGAAAACGUGAUUCUAAAUCAUCUUUACAUUGAAAACCGAGAACCACCAAGAUCUGUGGUGGCACUUGGGUUCACUCAACGCUUUCGUGCAAAAUAUGUUACUGUUGUGCUAUACAAACCAGUUCCAAGAAGGGGAAGUAGCAAUACUUAAUGCAUGAAUCAAGAGUAGACCUUGAUUGGGUUGGUUGUUUGCCUUUGUGAUGCAAUUAGUUGCAAUAGAUUCGAAUACAGAAAUAGCAGAAAGAAGUAUUUAUUGGUUUCGGAGCAGUUGAUGGCUUGGAGGUUUUCCAUUGAACCUUAAGUCAACACUUAUCGAUUACAUUUAGAGUUGUUCUACAUAUAUAUAUAUAUAUAUAUAUAAAGCUCUCUUUAUUCUUUUAGACUGGUAUGUGUGGUGUUGUGAGCUUGUUAGCUGCCUAAGUAAGGUACUAAAAGCUCUUGUAUUUGUGGGGCAUUUAAUCAAAGGGAUCAUUCAUUUUGA